AUGCAUAAACGUUUUAAACGGAACGAACGAAUGAACGAACGAACGAAAGUGCCCAUACAGUACCUGCAGCACCAUUUGUUUCUCCGAACCUUCGACAACAAACUUGGUCUCGCCCCACCAAACCUACCCGGUUCCAAUGUCGAACGAGUUCUCGACGUGGGCACUGGUACAGGUAUUUGGGCAAUUGACUUUGCGGAUGAUCAUCCUGAGGCCGAGGUUCGCGGGAUCGACCUUUCUCCCAUUCAGCCUAACUUUGUCCCUGCCAAUGUGGAGUUUCAGAUCGACGAUAUUGACGAGGAGUGGAAUUAUUCUGCGCCGUUUACUUACAUUCACAGCAGAAUGAUGAACAUGAGCAUUCAGAACUGGGAGGACUAUCUACGCAAAAUCUUUGAUAAUCUUGCUCCAGGCGGCUACGUCGAACUCCAAGAUAUUGAUGCUUUCAUGGAGUCUGACGACGGUACUCUUACCGAAGCACAUGCACUAUCGAAAUGGUGUAAGCUUCUACGUGAAGCAGCGGUCAAAUUGGGUCGCCCGUACAUACCAACCAAAGAUUUGAAGGGGAUUAUGGACAAAGUUGGAUUCACCAGUAUCGUCGAAACUCGUUUCAAGUGGCCGUCAAACCGCUGGCCCAAGGACAAAAAAUACAAGGAGCUCGGAGCAUGGAACAAUGAGAACACGAACCUUGUUCUUGAAUCAAUCACUCUCUCACCAUUAACGAGGGGCCUUGAUUGGACUAUGGAGGAAGUCAAUGUUCUUUUAGUUGAUGUGAGAAAGGAGUUGAAUGAUCCAAACAUUCAUGCCUACUGGCCAAUUUGCUCAGUUUAUGGAAGGACCACGUCAUCUAACAAAGGAUUAGAAGAGGUUAACGUUGUCCUCACUGAUCGUGAGAUUGUCGAUCGAUCUGUCUCUUGGAUGGAGCCUGUCUUGUGCAAAGGUUAG